AUGACGCGUUGGCCCUUUCGUUUGCUACUAUUGCUCUCGGUGGUAGUAAUACUGGUUCCGGGUGUCAUAUCAGUGCGCGAUAGUCAAAAUCGUACUAUAAUUACGGUCGGCUAUUUAACCGCCAUAACCGGUGAGCUCAAAGACAAACAGGGCUUGGCUAUAUCAGGAGCUCUUACCAUGGCUUUAGAUGAGAUUAAUAACGACACAAAUUUAUUACCGGGCGUUGUAUUAGAGUUACGGUGGAAUGAUACCAAGGGUGACACGGUAUUAGCAACCAAGGCUAUAACGCAAAUGAUUUGUGAUGGUGUAGCAGUUAUAUUCGGUCCAGAGGGUCCUUGUUAUGUUGAAGCGAUAGUCACACAAAGUCGUAACAUUCCCAUGAUUUCCUAUAAAUGUUCUGAGAAUAGGGCUUCUCCUAUACGUACAUUUGCGCGCACUGAGCCCCCUGAUACACAGGUUAUUAAAUCUGUAAUAUCAUUGUUACGCUAUUACGGAUGGAAAAAGUUUUCUAUUCUUCAUGAUGAGGUCUGGACAACGGUGGCCGACUUGUUGAAACAGGAGGCAAUUAAAUUCAAUAUGACAAUAAAUCAUAAGGAGUCGUUUAUCGAUAAUAUGCCGAAAUGCUGUGAACUAAUGCUUCCUUGUUGUCGUACAGGAUUUUGGUACCAGGUGGUGCAAAAUACCAUGAAUGGAACUCGUAUCUAUGUAUUUUUGGGCACGGCUAGUGCUUUAGUUGAUUUUAUGGCUUCAAUGGAUACAGCGAACCUCUUUGCCAAGGGUGAAUAUAUGGUUAUAUUUGUGGAUAUGAUGACUUACACACCAAAAGAAGCCGAAAAGUAUUUGCGUAAACCCGAUCAGGUAGAACAUAUGAAAACGUGCGAUGAAUCUGAAAACUUCUCUCAGCGUGCUCGCAGCUUAUUAGUAGUAGCCUCCACUCCACCCACCGAUAGCUAUGAAAAUUUUACAGCGAAAGUACGCCAAUAUAAUUUGCAAGAUCCCUUCAAUUUCGUAUUACCAUCACUAUUCCACAGUAAUAAUUUUAUCAAGUUCGUUUCAAUCUACGCCGCAUACCUUUAUGAUUCUGUUAGACUUUACGCUUGGGCUUUGGAUAAGUUGCUGCGCGAAAAGAAAAGCAAAUUGAAUGAUAAUGAGGUGCAUGAUGUAGCUAGCGACGGCAUAGAAAUUGUCGAAACUAUUAUCAGUAAUCGUACAUAUAAAAGUGUUACUGGUGCUACAAUCAAUAUUGACAGUAAUGGUGAUUCAGAGGGUAAUUUUUCGGUGUUGGCGUACAAACCAUUCAAAUACUCUUAUCGCGAAAACUUAUCAUGUAAUUUUCAUAUGGUACCUGUGGCUCAUUUUCAGCAAGGACGUGAUAUUCCAGAAUACAAACUCAUUAAUGGUUCGAUACGGGUCGAUUGGCCAUCGGGCGGUGAUCGUCCAUUCGACGAGCCCAUGUGUGGCUUUGCUAAUGAAUUAUGUAAAAAAGAUGAUCGUCACAUAACGUCGUUAGUAGCAGCCGGCAUAUUAGGUCUUCUGUUAUUUUGUGCUGGAGUUGUUACCAUGAGCAUAUAUCGGAAGUGGAAGAUUGAACUUGAAAUCGAGGGUCUUCUUUGGAAAAUUGAUAUAAACGAAAUUAAAGGUUACUCGGGCAACGAUAUUGUCUCGUCGCCUAGCAAGUUGAGCUUGAUUAGUGCCCAAUCAUUUGGUUCUCGUUGCUCAAAUCAAGUAUUUACAUCUACAGCCCGUUUACGUGGAGCUGUUGUACGUAUUAAAGAAUUAAGAUUUCUUCGAAAGAAGGACAUGUCGCGAGAGAUUAUGAAGGAGAUGCGGUUGUUGAGGGAAUUGCGUCAUGACAACGUAAAUAGUUUUAUUGGAGCUUGCGUAGAGCCGACGCGCAUUCUGCUAGUCACCGAUUACUGUGCUAAGGGCAGUUUGUACGAUAUCAUUGAGAAUGAAGACAUUAAAUUGGAUGAUUUGUUUAUAGCUUCACUUAUACAUGAUUUGAUUAAGGGUAUGAUUUAUAUACACGAUUCUUCGUUGGUAUAUCACGGCAAUUUAAAGUCAUCAAAUUGUGUUGUCACUUCACGUUGGAUGUUACAAGUGGCUGAUUUCGGAUUACACGAUUUACGAUACUGUGCUGAGAGUGAAUCUAUCGGUGAACAUCAGCAUUAUAGAAACCAAUUCUGGAAAGCGCCUGAAUUAUUAAGGAAUUCUCAUAUUUAUGGCUCGCAGAAGGGUGAUGUAUAUGCCUUCGCGAUUAUAAUGUACGAGAUAUUUAGUCGAAAAGGACCAUUUGGUCAAACAAUGUUUGAGCCAAAGCAGAUCGUAGAUUUGGUAAAAAAGAAACCAAUUAAGGGCGACGCCCCUUUUCGACCAGAAUUAGAGUGCAUAAUUGAAGGCGAAUUAUGUCCAGAUUACGUCUUGAGUUGUAUUACAGAUUGUUGGCAUGAAGAUCCUGAAGUCAGACCUGACUUUCCCACAAUCAGGAAUCGCCUAAAAAAGAUGCGUGGCGGUAAAACGAAAAACAUCAUGGACCAAAUGAUGGAAAUGAUGGAGAAGUAUGCUAACAAUUUAGAAGACAUUGUUAACGAAAGAACUCGUUUGUUAUGCGAAGAGAAACGGAAAACAGAGGAUUUAUUACAUCGCAUGUUACCGCAAUCGGUAGCUGAGAAAUUAACCAUGGGUUUGGGCGUUGAACCCGUCUCGUACGACUUAGUUACCAUUUACUUCAGCGAUAUCGUGGGUUUUACAGCCAUGUCUGCCGAAAGCACACCUUUGCAGGUGGUUAAUUUUCUUAAUGACCUGUACACAGUUUUUGAUCGCAUCAUCCGUGGUUACGAUGUGUACAAAGUAGAAACAAUUGGUGACGCCUAUAUGGUAGUGUCUGGAUUGCCAAUUAAAAAUGGUAAUCGCCAUGCGGGUGAAAUUGCCUCCAUGGCUUUAGAAUUACUACAAGCAGUGAAGCAGCAUCGUAUAGCUCAUCGACCCAAUGAAACACUUAGAUUGAGGAUUGGUAUACACACCGGCCCUGUUGUAGCUGGUGUAGUUGGUUUGACAAUGCCGCGUUACUGUUUAUUUGGCGACACCGUAAACACUGCCUCUCGAAUGGAGUCAACAGGCGAAGCGUUAAAAAUUCAUAUAUCUAGUAAAUGUAAAGAUGCCUUAGACAAAUUAGAAGGUUAUAUUACAGAGAAACGAGGUGUUGUGCAUAUGAAAGGAAAAGGUGAAGUGAUAACUUAUUGGUUAAUAGGAGCUACGGAAAAAGCUAUACAAAAGAAACCUGUUGAUAUGACUGAUUUACCUCCACCUCUUUUUUGCCGCCCACGAAGGAGUCCGAAAUUGAAUUCUGAUUCCCGUCAACCAAGUAUUAUUGGCAUGCCAUAUGGAGCGAACGGUUCGAGACGUCAAUCUAGUGUUCCAAAGGCUGACCUUGAGUCUAAUUACAGUUUGCAAGGUUCUACAUAUCAAAUGCAACGUGAUUCGCCCCGAUUACCACCGAAAUGUUACGAACGGCUUGCAACAAACGGGUUUGGGAGCUUUCAAGGUAACAGCAUACCGGAGCGUAUAAGUUAUUAUGGUAGUGUUGGUAUAGGCGUUGCUGGUAAAGUGCUAGAUGUCGCACAGUUAUCGCAUAAUACUUUGGAGCAUUCCGAAAUGAACUGUGAUAGCAAUAGUGUUGGGAUAAAUUACAGCGUAGGUGUCAUCGCAAUCUCUAAUGAUUUCUCCCAGAAACCUUUGGCUAUGGUACGACCUCAUCGUCGAAUAAACUCGACGGCUCUAACUGAUGAAAUAUAUGGUAGUGGUGUUAUAUGUGAUAAUACAGUAUUCGCGGCGCAUAAUUUGCGGGAAGCACUUUCUUUAGACCCUAUACCAUUUCAUUUACGUAGGCGGCACGAAUCCGUAAAACUGCCGCCAUCCAAACUUAAAAAGAACAAUUCGCGAUCUUUAGAUACUGGUGUGGCGCUGAUAAGUGCCAACCCAAAUGGUGAAAUUGAUAACGCAUCAGGAUUACCGAUUAGACAACAUAGAGAGGCUAAGGCUGGCGUUGCAAGUGAUAUAGCCACGACAGAGCAACUAGGCAAUGAGGAUAUUGGUUUACUAAUAGCCUGCGAUAACGGCGAUAUAAAUUUGCAAAAUUCGGCUACUAUCGUGCCAGUAGGACCGUCUUUACUCAACCGAAGGCGUAGUGGAGGAGGUUUUCUUGGGAGCCCGACACCCCUUCUUACUACACUACCAUAUAAACACCUAAAUAAUAAUUGUAAUGGUGAUUUAACCAUUGAGGAAGACGUACAAUCACCUCUCUUGCAGCGUCAACCUUAUCCUUCCAGUGUCAGUGCUAGUAUGGAUAGAUUGAAACGAUGGCAUUCCUUGGAAAAUAUAGAGCAUCAUACCGGUAACAGUGUUAGCUAUGCGGACGACAUCGAUGGCACUCAAGCGAGCAGCUCUGUUAUACCGAAGAUAACAAAAAAAUCUGCACGAAAUGUAUCUGAUGAGGGCAACUCGUCAUCCCUGUUCAAUCGUUUAGUGAGUAUAUUCCACGGUAAUGGCAAGAGAACCAGCGAAGCAUCGUUACGAAGAGUAGGUAUUUUGCCUAGUGCAGUAAGAAGAGUACCUGGUUUCAGCGACAUGGGCGGGACUAACCGCGAUCGAGAGAGUAUUGUAUAAACAGUAAAGAGGGGCAAACGAGAACGAGGAUAAGCAUCCUAAAUAUUUUAUAUAACUUUUGUUUUUAGUUUAGGAAGCAUUUUAGAAUUGCGUCUAGUCACAGUCUCCAGACUAGUUGUUUACUUGUACUAUAUAUGUUAUUUACAUUUUGUGUAAUCACUUCGUUUAAAUAUUAGUUAAAAAAUAACACAAUUAACCAAAACAAAUGUUGUACGCAUACAAACAUAUAUUACGAUAUACGAUAGAUUGAUUUCAUUGUAUAUUCGCAAACCACAUAUAUGGGUGUGUGUAGACAAAAGGAAAACAUUUCAAUGAAUGUGAAAUCAUGAGACUUCUCCACCAAACAAAAAAACCUUAUUAUAACACAAGAAUAUUUUACCAUACAAGCAGAAAAUAAUUUUAGAAUCAUAGGUACUUCAUACAUGUACAUAGACAUAUAGACCACAUAGAUCAUAUUUAAAGUUUAGUCAAUGAUGAAAGCGCAUUAUCUCUAUUUAAAAUUUUUUAUUUGAAUUCGAUUUUAAGAAUGAAAUAUUCAUUUCAAAGCUAUUUUGCAUUCAAUUAAAAAAAAGAAAAAAAAAUUGUAUAUAAAUAAACUCAAUCAAAAUAUCGUUAGGAAAGAUUAUUGGAAAGGCGAAUUAACGACAAAGCUUUUUUCUUUGCUUUUAUGGCCCAAUAUAUUAUAGGUAAUGUAAUACCCAUAACUUUUAUCUUCAUUUGAAAACUUCUGGAUAAGCACUUACUUGUUUAUUAAACCGAUAGCAUCAAUAAUUUUUCGAAUGCCUCAAGAAAUGCUUGUCUAGCCAGAUGGCUGCAUAAGUAUUUCUUGAUUAGAUUUGCAAUACGGUAAUAAACAUACAGUUGAUCUGUUAAUAUAAAAAAAUUAUAAUACAUAAAUUUGAAUUUACUACCACACGCAGCUGUGUAGAAAGUAAAAUAUCCUGCCGAUUAGUUUUUAUGAUAUGAGGUUAAAACAUUUGACUUGCGAGAUAUUUAUAUUUCUACACCCGUGUAAGUAAAUUUUGUUUAUACCUAUUGGAAGGAUAUUAUUCUUUAGAAUUAAAUACUUUUCAAUAUAUCGAUUUAAAAUUUGUCGAUAAGCUCUUUACCAACUCACUAAGGUGACCGCAAGAAACAUAUAUCUACUUUAGGUGAUAGGUUAAUAGGGGUUUUCCUCAAGACGAAUGUAGGUUUCUUACUUGUUUUGAUGUAUGUAUGUAUCCAAUACGCUUCUAGAAGUAUAUGUGUGGGUUAAAUAGAGCUAAAUUGAGUUAAGAUUUUUUUUGUUUUUAAAUUAAUUGUACUAAGCGUUAAAAUAUUUGGUACGUCAUACAACAUCGCGAAAAAGAACUUACCAUUAAAUAUAAUUUUAGUGAAUGAAUGUAGUUUAGGAGCACUUAGAUAAAUUUUUAGU